UCUCUUUUGCUUCAUAGCAGACGAUAGUGUGAUACGGUUCUUGUCAAUUAUGUGGAAAUAUUCUCCAAAUUAUACGGAGACUUUUAUCUUAAAUAAUAAAUAUGUGCAAAUGCGUUAAAAAUGAACUUAUACAGUGUAAAUAACAAAUUAUUGUUUUGACUACCACUUGCACCUUGUUUAAACAUAAUGAACAAAACCAAGUUGCAAGAUAUUUUCUCAAGGGGGCUUAAACAAGCCAGUAGAGUUAAUAUUAAUAACACCAACAGUUUUAAAACACCAUCGAGAACGUUAUUAUAUACCGUAUGUAAUAAUUACAGUACGUCUUGUGCAAAUACUGCACAAGAUUUAGACUUUGACCGUCAACAGCCGGUAUUGCUAAAUAAUGUAAUAAAACGAUAUAGUUCAAUACAACAAAGUAAUUUUUCCUACAUGUCUCAUCCUCGGAUUAUUUCUCCUAUAAUUUUAUGUAAUGGAGAUAGAUAUGUAGGAUAUAAAAUUUAUCACGGUGGUCAAAGUUACAACAGCACCAGAUAUUUCUCAAGCGCUAACAUUGACUCUGUGUCUGAAAUUGAAGCUCCAAUGCAAUUGAGUGGCAUUUUCAAAACGAUAUCAGAGAGUAUGCCUAUUAAAAUUGCACAAGAUUCCUUAUUGUGGAUGCACGACUAUACAGGUUUGCCAUGGUGGUUGGUUAUUAUACUUACCACUGGUAUUAUAAGGACAGCAGUGACUUUACCCCUAUCUUUUUAUCAGCACUGUAUAAUCGCAAAAUUGGAAAACCUCAAGUUUGAAAUGAAUGAGAUAGUUAAAGAAAUGAAGAAGGAAACAAAUUAUGGGGUAUACAAAUAUAAGUGGCCGAAAGAAUAUGCUAAGCGUUUGUACAUUCAUUCUAUGAAGAAACAAUGGAAUAACCUGAUUGUUCGAGAGAAUUGCCACCCAGCAAAAUCUAGCAUAUUAGUAUUAGUACAGGUGCCUUUAUGGGUAUCAUUGUCAGUGUCUAUCAGAAAUUUAUGUUAUAUGUUACCUGAACAAAAUGCCAAUUCUUAUGCUACACACCAGGAAUUUACAACUGACGGGUUUCUUUGGAUCACAAAUUUGACUGUAGCAGACCCCUUUGUACUUCCAAUAGCAAUGGGAUUAUGCAAUUUAGCUAUUAUAGAGAUAAAUCACAUGAGCAGGACAAAAGAAACGACAAAGUGGAUAAAAUACAUGACUUAUUUCGCCAGAAUCGUUGCUAUUGGUAUAGUUCCUAUUGCCAUGUGCGUACCAUCGUGUGUGAGCUUGUAUUGGGCGACUAGCUGUGCCUUUGGCGUCUUGCAAAAUCUAAUCCUGUUGUCACCGAAGUUACGUCGAUUCGCAAGAGUGCCAAUAACUGCUUCCGAAUCGCCACAUCCGUACUCGUUACUUCGUGAAAAGAUAAUAGCUAGAUGCAGCUUGAAAAGGAAAAUGGAAACCUCACCGAAGACUCGAUUUCGAAGACGAUGCGAGGCAAUAGAAUUCAAACGACGAAUAAACGCCAAGAUCGCGAUCAAAGAACGAAGCUCAAGAUGAAGUCUCAGUUGACAGUUUUGUUGCUAUGUCUGGUGCUGUGCGCGACGCCGCUUGUAAUGACGCAGUCACAAGCACAUGUACUGCCCUAUCCGAGGGACUGCAGCAAGUAUCAACAAUGCGAUCAAAGCGGUUGCUUUGUUAUGAGCUGUGGUCUGGGAACGGA